AUGUACAUACUUGACCUUGCCGUCCUCCACCCGGAUCUCGUGGCUGUCCGGCAUGUUGCCCAGCGAGUUGAACGCACACAGCACGUCCACGGACCCGACCGUCUCGUCAAUCACGUACCGCCGCAUCGCGUUGGGCUGGGCGCUCCCGCCGCGCGGCAGCGACGCGCCACAGGGCCGGGUCAGCUGCGAGCCCUCGACGCGCUCGCAGUUGGUGCCCCAGGGGAUCGAGUCGGCGGCGUUCUUGUCGGUCCACAUGUCGAGGUAGGCGUCGCCAAUCUGCUUCAGCACGGCGCGGGACGGCUGGGCGGCCGUGGCGAGGGGCGCCCAGGACUCGGCCUGGAUGUACCCCAGCGUCUUUGUUGCAUUGAAAAAGAGCGCGCCCGUCGUGGCAGCAAUCGUGUCAAUCAUCGUGAUGACGGACGGGUCGCCGCUGUCGUGCCGCAGCUGCGUGGCCAGGACAUACGGUUUGGUGCCGCCGGCCGCAAUCAGCAUGGUGUAGCUGGCGCAGGCGACCGUGUCCGCCGUCGAGCGGUUGGCGUCCAGCGCCAGCGCCGUGCUGCCCAAGACGCCCUUGGCCAGGUCGGCCACCUUGUUGUUCUCUCGGUACGUAAAAUUGCUCGCCAGUUUGAGGCCGUCGGUCUUGCCACUGCGCUGGGCGGCGAUGUACGUCUCGGCCGAAGCCAACAGAGCGUCACGAGAGCAGGCCGCAAGGACGGCUGGCAAGAGGCCAAGGAGGCCAACGGAAGUCGGUAG